UAUUCUAUUACAACUUUAAGCAAGUCUACAGGGAGUUUGGCCUCAUCACGUAGGACAUCAAUAGCGUAGCUCCUUGGCAGCAAGCCAGUUAGUUUAAAUCAGGGGUCCCUCGGUGGGGGUGGGUGGGUGUUAAACGCGACCGGAAUAUAGGUGAUAAGUCAACUAUAAGUCACUUGCAAGUGGCUAAUACACUGAAUUUUGUUUCUUAAGGGGUUUAUCUAAUGAAUUUAAUGUUAAACACACAGCUCAUAUUUUCCUUGCAUGAAUGUAGUGAUAAGUCAAUUGUAACAGUGGUCCCAGACCUCCGGGCCGCGAAGAAUGCAGCGGUACAGCGGUAGCCAGAACGCAAUCCACAGUCGCCUCUGAUCUGGGCCGACAUUUACGUGCCAGGCGGCACCUAAUUAAUUAGCUUGUUUAUUUCGGCUUUUUACUUAAAGAUAUGCUGGGUGUGUUCUGGCCACCGCUGUAUUCUUCGCGGCCCAGAGGUUGGGGACCACUGAUAAGUCAAUAGCAUCAUAACAUUUUAAGUAACAUUUGGAUAUUAAACACACAGCGCAUAUUUUCCCCGUAUGAACAUAUAAAAUCAUUGCAGCACACCAAUAUCGCUGAAUCAGUGGGAAACCUGAGCUUGUUUCCCUGCAACAACACGGUCCGAUCGAGGGGUGAUGGGAGACAGCGAUACUCGAAGGGGGUUCCUGAUGUCCAGUCUAUUCCGCAAUUUAGUUUUCAUUGCAUUCAUUGCAGAAAACUCCACUUCGCAGCAAUAUGAUGUUGGAAAUAGAAGCAACGUUUUCAGUGCUUUCGUGGCUAUCUCAGGAUAUUUAGCCAUGACUUUGAUCCAGAAUGCCAGCAGAGAUGUUAUGUCAAACAUACGUUUCAGCCCACCGUCAUUUGCAAGCUCGAGGAGUUGAUCUUCUUCCCGCACUGACAUGGAUGAUUCACCAAGGACAUUAACAAUUGGGUCACGGACCCAUUCCUUUGCACACCUUGGGUCACUGAUGACCUCGCAUGCAUUAAAAUUCAACAGUGCAUGACAGGGAAUGAGGAAAGGUGCAGCUAACUCAUAUUGUUUCAUAUCACCAAAUCAUAUUGUUUCCUCGGUGGUUGGGGACCACUCUUAGCAAGAAGAGAGACCAAUCAGGAUACUCGCUCUCCCGCUCCUUCUCCCUCUCAAAAAAAUCUGUUUCUGGGAUAUUGUAUAUAAUUUCCGGGCAUCAGGGAGCGACUAUCCAUGUGUGGAAGACUCCCCGAACUUGCGGGUCUGACUUAAGUUAAAGGCUGAGGAAAGGCAAAGCGAGUUUGAAGAUAGACGAAGGCAGUUUGAGGCUAAGGAAGCAGAAAAACAGAGGGCAGAGGCGGUUUGAGCUGGAAAAGAUAGAGAGAUUGCAGCAAGGAGGUCUAGUGCUAGACCCUGGCGAUGGGUUUAGUGCCAGUCGGGAGGUUAAAUUGGUACCUCCAUUUGACAAAGCAGAAAUUGAUAAAUACUUCUUGCAUUUUGAAAAGGUGGCUCAGUAAAAAUUGGCUGUAAAGAAGUUGGCCUGUUUUGUUACAAAGUGAAUUUAAGGGUAAAGUCCAACAAGCUUAUUCAGCCCUAUCACUUGAAGAUGUAGCUAACUAUGAUAUUGUGAAACAGGCAAUGCUUAAAGUUUAUGAGCAACACACAUCAAAGUUGCUGGUGAACGCAGCAGGCCAAGCAGCAUCUAUAGGAAGAGGCGCAGUCAACGUUUCAGGCCGAGACCCUUCGUCAGGACUAACUUAAAGUUUAUGAGUUGGUUCCAGAAGCUUAUAGACAAAGGCUUAGAAAUUUGAAGAAGUCUAUGAACCAGACUUAUGUGGAAUUUGCUUAUGAAAAGUUUGUGUAUUUUGAUUGCUGGUGCACAUCUAAAAAUGUGAAUGAUGAGUUUAAUAGCUUAAAAGAGUUGGUUUUGAUUGAAGCAUUCAAAAGGUAAAGAUGAGAUAAAGACAUAUUUAUAUGAAAUGGAUGCUGCCACUUUGCAGGAGUCUGCUAGAUUAGCGGAUGAGUAUGCUUUAACCCACAAGGUUAAGUUUACCCUGAAUAAGAGCUCCCAAAAGAGUAGCAGGGAUAACCCACAGGGUGAACCAGAAAUUAAAUUGGGAACUAGUGACAAAAGUAAGUUUUUGAAGGGAGGCAGUCGAAGGAGAAAUAUUCUGGUCUUACUUGUUACUAUUGUAAGAAACUUGGUCAUUUGAUGGCUAAUUGUUCUGUUCUGAAGAAGAAGAAGGAAAAGGAGUCAGUCCCAAAUGCUUGUAUUCAGCAGGAUGAAACACUUAUAAACCCACAGGGUUCUGCACAUUCUGAUGAGGCUUAGUUAAAGACUAAGAGGUCUGACUGAGUUAAGAAAGGAUUCGAUCAUUUUAAGUCAGAUGGGUUUGUAUCAGUAAAGGAAGGGACAACCCCAGUACCAGUGAAAAUUCUUCAAGACACCGGGGCUUCUCAGUCACUUAUAUUAGACAGUGUUCUAAAGUUUAGUGCUGAGACAGGUACUGGCGAGGUAAAUCUUAUUAAAGGCAUUGGGAGUGGCAUGGUUUCUGUGUCGUUACACAAGGUAACUUUAAAGUCAGUGUUGGUUUCGGGACCUAUUAAGAUAGGGCUAUGCUCCCGUUUCCCGAUGGAAGAUGUUACUUUGCUGUUAGGGAAUGACAUUGUAGGUGGGGAUGUUUGUCCAGCCAUGCAGUUGACAAAUAAGCCUGCCACUGAUGACCCGCAGAUGAAUGUUGAUAUUUAUCCUGCCUGCAGAGUAACAUGAAGCAUGACUAAAAAGUCUGCCAACGCAGACGAUUCUGUGCAGCAUAAUUUUCAUGCCCAGCGUAGCCAAAAUUGGGAUUUAGGUGAUGAUGACUUGGCAGGGACUUUUCUGUCUUCAUUGUUUCAAUAGGAUUCAGAGUAAAUUUGAUGAGAAAGGUUUAUCUUUGUCUAGGAGGAGUUUGUCGUAGAACAAAAUCGAGAUCCUGAGAUUGAAGCUUUAAAAGAAAUAGCUCUCUCAGAUGAUGAGAUUAAGAAAGUGCCAGUAGGGUAUUAUAUCAAGGAUGGAAUAUUGAUGAGGAAGUGGAGACCAGCUCAUUCCUCAUUGUACCUGUGAAAGAGGAAUGGGCAAUUGUUCACCAAGUUGUAGUUCCUAAAGUCUUUAGGACUGAAAUUUUAACUUUGGCUCACAGUAUGCCUUUAGGUGGCUAUUUUGGGGUGAAUAAAACUGUAAACAGGAUUAGGAAAGAAUUUUACUGGCCCCAUCUGAGGAAGGAUGUUGUGACCUUUUGCAAACCUGUCACACUUGUCAAGUUGUGGGUAAACCUAAUCAAGCCAUCCCAGUGGCCCCACUUCAGCUGAUACCUUCAUUGAGUGAACCUUUUUCCAAAGUUAUAGUGGAUUGUGUUGGCCCGUUGCCAAAGACAACAGCUGGCCAUCAGUAUAUGUUAACCAUAAUGUGCACUGCAUCCAUAUUCCCCGAGGCGAUCACUCUCAAAAAUAUUAAAGCUAAAAUUGUGGUGAAGGCUCUCACCAAGUUUUUGACUUUGUUUGGUUUGCCUAAAGCAAUUCAAUCUGAUCAAGGCAGUAAUUUUACAUCAGGAUUAUUCCAGCAGGUGUGAACUGGGAGCUAAACAAAUUACAUCAUUUGCGUAUCAUCCAGAAUCACAAGGAGCCUUAGAAAGAUUUCAUUCUACCCUCAAAAUAAUGAUUAAGAUAUGCUGUAUUGAGAAUGGAAAAGAAUGGGAUGAGGGGGAAUAUUUGCUCCUAUUUGCCAUAAGAGAAUUGGUGCAGGAACACUGGGUUUUAGUCCAUUUGAAUUUGUAUUUGGUCACAGAGUGAGGGGACCUUUGACGUUGCUGAGGGAACAGUGGACUGAUGAAAAAGUGCAUGUUAGCUUGUUAAGCUAUGUUUUGGAGUUCAAAAAUAAAUUACACGAAGUCUGUAGACAAAACUUACAGAAUUCUCAAAACACCAUGAAACACUGGUAUGAUAAGCGAGCUCGAGAACGGACGUAUCACGUGGGAGACAAGGUAUUGGUGUUACUUCCAAUGUUGACAAAUCCGCUCCAAGCAAAGUUUAGCGGGCUGUACGAAAUAAUCUCUAAAAUUGAUUCUUUGAUUUUUGUUAUUAAAACACCAGAUCGAAGAAAACCUACACAGGUGUAAAUAUGAUAAAACGUUAUUUUGACCCAGAGACGCCAUCUGUGAGCGUUGUUGGUACAUGUGAAACUAAAGGGCCUGAGAAUGGGAUAACUGACUCGUCUGAGAAUUUUAACAAGCCAAACAUAGUCUCCGUGAGGCUUGUGAACUCAGUUAUUUUGGAAAAUAUUGAUAUCAAAUUGGUCCAUUUGCAGCCACAAACUUCGGUCGCUGUGCAUGACGUUAAGCAGCACCCCUAUCGCAUGAACGUAGAAAAGAGUAAAUUGGCUGAGCAGAAGAUUGUUAAAUUGGAGUCUGAUUUUGCAGGAAUAUGAUAUGGUAAUAAAGCAUAUGAAAGGCGCAGACAAUAUCAUUGCAAAUUGUCUCUCCAGAUGCUAAGCUAAGUUCAAGAAUGAAAAUUAAUUGGUAUUUGUACACACUUCUGCAAUGUGUUACACGAUAAUCACGUGUAGUGUCUUAUAUUCUGUAGUUUGUAGUUAAAAUUUUGCUCAAUGAUCAAAAUUUUCUUUUCUGGGGGGGAAGUGUGAUGAACCCCUAAGUUUCAGUUGCUGUGGACUGUUACUUUAAGAGAGAGAGAGAGAUGGAAGGGCGAAUCAGCCUGCCUUCCAGUGUGUUUACAUAUUUGACUCACAGCUUGUUUUGAUUUAAGCAAGGAGACUCACUCACACACAGUCAGUCGCAGCUGGAGUCGGACAAUGGAAGGAAGCAAGUGACUAAGGGGUCACUGGUUGGAACUUUCGAGUGCCCACAAAGGUGGGUUGAACUUCGACCCAGCACAUCGAUAAGUGGCUCUCAUGUUGUGUGAUUGGGGCAACCUUGUGAAAUCUACCUAUGUGUUAACCCUUGACUGGGUGGUAGUUCCGGUUGAAGACUGUACCACUGUGAUCUGCAGGUGAUGACCAGCCAAAUUCUGCAGAAAUCAAGAAUGAGGCACAAAUCUUAUGUUUACCACAGUUUCAUGAGCUGUUCAACAUGGUGCGGGUCAGACAGAGUCAGUCUACCUCAGCAGGCCAUUCAGCCAGUCUAGUCUAUGCUAGCUCUCUGUCAGUUCACACUUCUCUCAUCUCCCCAUCAACUCCCCACCAUUCUGACAACUGUGACGAGAAUACACAUAGAUUAAGAUGUUAGCUGGCCUGUGCUGGCACCAGUGGGAUCAGCAGUUGGUCUGCCACCUGUCUUCAGGAGAGAGAGAGAGAUAAGGAAAACAAUGGAGCAGCAUUUGGAGAUGUUAAUAAAAGGACGGGAGAGAGAGUAACAGAAGGAGACCUGUCAAGAUCGGCUCCCCCUUUGAACCCUGAACUGUUUGAAGUGAUGGACAGGCGAUACCCCAGCAGGGGGAUAAAAAGGGACAGGUUCGCUAAGGCAAGACACACACGACACCCCGAGGUAAUGAGACCCUGGAAGCGGUACGUCUCCCACAAGCCGGUGGAAAGCUUUUGGACGGCUGGUCGCAGGAUCAAGCCAUAGAUGCACAGGGUGGAAAGGCACGAUCGGUGGGAACCUGGUGUGUGUCCACCCUUGCCUGGGUGCCAGGUUCACUGCAGAGAAACGAUCGUAUCUGGAAACGGAGGGGUCACAGUCGGUGACCUCAGAUGACAUCACAAAGGGCUCGCACGAAAGCUGACUGCGAAGGUCUGUGUGGAAGCCGUUUGAAUAUUCAUUCGUUUUGCUUUCUCUCUCCUUCCCCCCACUGUCCAUCUCCCACGGCAGCAAUUACUGCGAACUGAACUGAACUAAAUUGAACUGAACUUUGCGUCACUUUGAAACUGGUCAUUUACCCCUAGACAACGAUAGAGCUUGAUUGAUACUGUUAUCUUAAUUCUGUGCACAUGUGUGUUUAUCAAUGCUGAACUGUUGCAUUUAUUAUCCUUUUGAUUAGAGUACUGUGUUGCUUGUUUCUUUAAUAAAACUUUCUUAGUUCUAGUAAUCCAGACUCCGAUUGAGUGAUCCAUUUCUGCUGGUUUGGCAACCCAGUUACGGGGUACGUAACACAACCCACUGGAAAUGACAGCAGCAGACUGACCCAAUGACCUGCACGUCAUUGGGAUGUGGGAGCCGGAAACCAGGAUCAGCGGGGGGAAACCUACAUCAUCACAGGAAGAAUGUGCAAACACCACACAGACAGCUCCAGAGGCUGGGAUGGAAUUGGAAUCACUGGAUCUGUGAGGCAGCACUACUAACUACUCCAUCACUGUGUCACACAGUAGUACAGACGACUCGCUCCAAUUCUAUCGGGACCUGGUGAGGCUUGUGCACAGUUCAGGAUUCCUUACCCAAGGAAGAAUUGCAGCAAUGGCUGACCAGACUGAUCCGGGGAUGGUGGCUUUGACGAAUGAAGAGAGAUAAGAACAGGAACAGGAACAGAGUGUAGGGGAAUGUAAUGGGUGACAGAUAGCACAUAUUGUUCAUCAUAGAAACUGUUCUACAUGAAUUGUUAUGUUCAAUUUCAGAGACGCUGUCUGACGUAAUGAUAUCAGUUUAAGGUGACUGCUUCUGGUUUUUCGGUAAUGGAAAUAAAGGUCAGCAGAUUUUGUUAAGCACGUAAAAUGACUCUUGAAUAUUUUACUCACAAAAUCCUUCGAGGCAAACACACCCCACCCCAUCCAUUCAACCACGAACCCCAGCCUUCUCCUCCAAUUCAGUAAGCAGAACUGAUCUAGUCUGGACCUCAACACCCUUCUUCUGUUGGCCCUUGGCCAUUGACUCCUGAGUGUCUGUUCUCACAUCAGUUUGGAAGUAAGACAUGAUCUCAUGGACACACACAGAAUCCCAGCAUCAAACCCCACGCGGUGGAGAGGUUGGACCAUAAUGGACGCCAGCAGAAGGCAACAUGGGAGACAAGGAGGAGCUGCUCCAGGUGAGUUGGAGCAGGGGUCGGACCAUCAUCGGGGCAGGUGACCCUGUGACCUUCACGAGCAGUGGAGCGGAUGCUGGGGUCAUGUGUUGCUGGGAUUGAUCCAUUUCCCCAUCACUGCUCCGUCUCCUGACCUGUACCAUGUGGAGGAUGUCAGGACAACACUCAGUCCUCCAUCACGUGGACAAGAGCUCAACGUGUCCCAACAUUGUGCAGAGGGCAGGUGAGGUGGGGACAGCUGACAGUGAGACACCAGGGAGAGUGGUCCAGAACUCCCUGACCAAUAUCUGUCACUCUGUCCCUGUGUGUUACUCCGGGACUAAUCUCUGUCACGGUGCCUCUGUUUGUUACUCCAGGAUUAAUCACUAUCACCGUGUCCCAGUGAGUUACUCCAGGAUUAAUCACUAUCACCGUGUCCCAGUGAGUUACUCCAGGACUAAUCACUAUCACCAUGUCCCCGUGUGUUUCUGCAGGACUAAUCUCUGUCAGUGUGUCCCCGUGUGUUAUUCCCAGACUAAUCUCUGUCACUGUGUCCCUGUGAGUUACUACAGGACUAAUCUCUGUCACUGUGUCCCCGUGUGUUACUCCAGGACUAAUCUCUGUCACUGUGUCCCUGUGAGUUACUACAGGACUAAUCUCUGUCACUGUGUCCCCGUGUGUUACUCCAGGACUAAUCUCUGUCACUGUGUCCCUGUGAGUUACUACAGGACUAAUCUCUGUCACGGUGUCCCGGUGUGUUACUCCAGGACUAAUCUCUGUCACUGUGUCCCUGUGUGUUACUCCAGGACUAAUCUCUGUCAGUGUGUCCCCGUGUGUUAUUCCCAGACUAAUCUCUGUCACCGUGUCCCUGUGUGUUACUCCAGGACUAAUCUCUGUCACUGUGUCCCUGUGUGUUACUCCAGGACUAAUCUCUAUCAGUGUGACCCCGUGUGUUACUCCUGGACUAAUCUCUGUCACCGUGUCCCUGUGUGUUACUCCAGGACUAAUCUCUGUCACCGUGUCCCUGUGUGUUACUCCUGGACUAAUCUCUGUCACCAUGUCCCUGUGUGUUACUGCAGGACUAAUCUCUGUCAAUGUGUCCUAGUGUGUUACUCCAGGACUAAUCUCUGUCACUGUGUCCCAGUGUGUUACUCCAGGACUAAUCUCUGUCACUGCGUUCCUGUGUGUUACUCCAGGACUAAUCUCUGUCAAUUUGUCCCGUGUGUUACUCCAGGACUAAUCUCUGUCACCGUGUCCCCGUGUGUUACUGCAGGACUAAUCUCUGUCACUUUGUUCUCGAGUGUUACUGCAGGACUAAUCUCUGUCAAUUUGUCCUGUGUGUUACUCCUGGACUAAUCUCUGUCACUUUGUUCUCGAGUGUUACUCUUUCUUUGGUAUUUCUGAGUAACUUCUUUUACAAAGUGCCUCCCUCAGCCUAGGUUAUAGCUUCAUUCCGAUCGGAUUGUGGACCCAGUCUUCGGAACCCUGGCUCUUUUGUCGGAAACUUUUCCUGGGGCCAUUUCUCCCUUCUCUCUCUGAGGCUGUUCUGUGUUUAACAGGAGGUGGAAAUCAGACGUGUGAAGUAACUGAGAAAAGUUAGCUUUGUUCCUUUGGGAAUUCUCCCUUCCAGGAUCAUUUGUAACACUCUUUGUUUGAUCAGGUUCUCCAGAGCAUUCCAUCCAAUUGAAUCCCAAAACUUUAAACUCCCUGCUCUGUAGGACCUGAGCGCUAAAUUUUCAAAAAAGAUAUACAUUUGUAAUGGCAUCUUUCAUGGAGAGUGAAGUUCUGUGUAAUGUAGAACACAGGGCAGACAAAGCAAGAUCUCAUGAGCAGUAGAAUGGUGAUCAAC